CCAAUUCCAAAUUUCAAUCCCUAAUCAUUCCGAGAAUUGGUAUUAUCGCUGAUCUUCUUCUACCUAAUUGUCAAGGCGUUGUUCGUUGAAAAAUGGGUCAAGUAUUGGGUUGUGUACAAGUGGAUCAGUCUACGGUUGCCAUGAAGGAGCAUUUUGGAAAGUUCAGUGAUGUGCUUGAGCCUGGGUGCCAUUGCUUGCCUUGGUGUGUUGGCUACCAAUUAGCUGGUACUCUUUCGUUGCGUGUUCAGCAACUUGAUGUCCGAUGCGAAACGAAGACGAAGGACAAUGUGUUUGUCACUGUUGUUGCUUCGAUCCAGUACCGUGCGCUGGCAGAAAAGGCUUCCGAUGCAUUUUAUAGGCUCUCCAACACCAAAGAACAGAUCCAAGCCUAUGUUUUUGAUGUCAUUCGAGCAAGCGUACCAAGGUUGGAUUUGGAUUCUGCUUUUGAGCAGAAGAAUGAUAUUGCAAAAGCUGUGGAGGAUGAACUUGAGAAGGCCAUGUCUGCCUAUGGGUAUGAAAUCGUGCAGACACUUAUUGUCGACAUUGAGCCAGAUGGUCAAGUCAAGAGAGCCAUGAAUGAGAUAAAUGCUGCUGCAAGGCUGAGGGUCGCCGCAAACGAAAAAGCUGAAGCCGAGAAAAUCUUGCAGAUCAAGAAAGCAGAGGGAGAAGCCGAGUCCAAGUACUUGUCUGGACUCGGCAUUGCCCGUCAGCGUCAGGCCAUUGUCGAUGGCCUAAGGGACAGUGUGCUCGCUUUCUCAGAAAAUGUUCCCGGAACUUCGGCCAAGGACGUCAUGGACAUGGUUCUGGUGACCCAAUACUUCGACACAAUGAAGGAAAUCGGCGCCUCAUCCAAAUCCUCCGCAGUCUUCGUCCCUCACGGCCCCGGUGCUGUCAGAGACAUUGCUACUCAGAUCCGCGAGGGUCUUCUUCAGGCUGAGAGCGUCACGCGCUAGGUAUGCUUCAAUGAGGUUAGUGAUUUCUAUCAAUGUCUAUUCGAUGUGUUUAUAUGCAUGCUUUGGUGGAUAUAUAUAUUAUUGCGAUUUGGAUAUUUGGAGAAUUGGGUUAAAUAAUUUUGAGUUUAGUCGAUUGUGGUUUUUUUUUUGUGAAUCUGUAUCUUGGAUGCUUUCUUGAUGCUUUGUGCGUUUGUAUCGUUGUCUAUAUAUGGCGCAUGUAGUUACCGUGGCUUAUCUGUGUUGAUUUUUAUAUGUUGUUUUCUUUUGUUUAAUAA